GAAGCAUUGCUGUGCUCAACAGUCAACGCCAGUCAAAGCAGAUACCAAGGAUUACCAACGGCUUCCAGCAGGAACUAUCAACUAUUCAACCAGGAUUUUUCAGUCUGUUUGGAGCUACUAGUUAUCUAGUUAGCAGCUGAUUGGUUAUCUAAUUAACGAAACUCUUGGAGAAAUGGGUGGGGCUAAAGUCCUACUCGUGAUGCUGGUGAUCGGUCUGAAGAACGGAGGGUGUGUGAACUGGAACCCGGUCCCGCGCAAGACUGUCCGAUAUCACGAGGUUAUCGACAGCAUGGCCAAGUUCCGGGCGGUCGGCGUGUUUAAUUACACCAUGCUGACCCUGUCCGAGCACGAGCGCGUCCUGUAUGUCGGUGCCAGAGAGACGCUGUUCGCCCUCGACCCGAAUGACAUCACACGCCAGCUUCGCCCACAGAUCGAGUGGCCGGCUCCGCUGGAGAAGAAGAGAGAGUGUGCAGAGAGAGGAAAAAACAACCAGACAGAGUGUUUUAACUACAUCCGCUUCCUGCAGAGCUACAACCACACUCACAUGUACACGUGUGGUACCUACGCCUUCCAGCCCAAAUGCACCUACAUCAACGUCGACCAUUUCACCUUGAACAGCGCUGCCCUGGAGGACGGGAAGGGCAAGUGCCCCUACGACCCUGCUAAAGGUCACACCGGCCUCAUCGUUGAUAAGGAGCUGUACUCUGCCACUCUGAAUAAUUUCCUGGGCACCGAGCCGGUGAUCCUGAGGAACCUGGGACAGCAGCACUACAGCAUGAAGAGCGAGUACCUACCGGCCUGGCUGAACGAACCGAAUUUUGUGGGCUCAGCUCUGGUGCGAGAGAGCAGAAGCAGCCCGGUGGGAGACGACGAUAAGAUCUACUUCUUCUUCAGUGAGAGAGCCGUGGAGCUGGACUGCGAUGGAGAUCUGACGGUAGCUCGUGUGGCUCGCGUCUGUAAGGGUGACCAGGGAGGAACUCGAACCCUGCAGAAGAAGUGGACGACCUUUCAGAAGGCUCGGCUGGUCUGUUCCCUCCCUGAGCGGCACAUCACCUUCAACCACCUGCGAGCCGUAUUCACCAUGCAGGGAACCGACUGGAGGGGCACCGUCUUCUACGGGGUGUUUCACGCCCAGUGGGGGGACGUGGACGUGUCGGCGGUGUGUCAGUACCACAUCACAGAGGUGAAAAGUGUAUUCGAGGGUCCGUAUAAAGAAUACCGUGAGGCCUCUCAGAGAUGGGGUAGAUACACGGGCACCGUGCCGAACCCCCGACCCGGAGCGUGCAUCACCAACUUCGACCGAGAGAACGGUUAUAACAGCUCGCUGCAGCUGCCCGACGCCACGCUCAACUUCGCCAAGAAACACCCGCUGAUGGAGCUGAGGGUUGAGGCGCGACCCCUGACCCUCACCAAGGGGGUUAACUACACCCGAAUCGCUGUGGACCGAGUGAACGCCCUCGACCAGAGGCCCUACAGCGUGAUGUUUAUUGGAACAGCUGACGGGUGGCUGCAGCGGGUGGUGAUCGUCGGAUCGGAUGCUCACGUGAUCGAGGAGAUCCAGCUGUUCGAUUCACCGCAACCGGUCGACAGUCUGACCAUCUCACACAGCAAGAAGUAUCUGUACAUUGGUUCGAGGUCGGAGGUGCUGCAGUUACCCUUGGCCAACUGUAGCCGUUAUCACUCACAGCCGGACUGCUUACUGUCCAGAGAUCCGUACUGCGCCUGGGACAGCGAGGGGCGCGCCUGCGUCCGAAUCGACCUUCAUCGCGGGUCCAUGUCCACUCUCACUCAAGAUCUCAUGCUGGUGAGGUUCAACCCGGGGUCGAAAGCCAAGUUCGAUAAGCCCGUCUCCAUCCCCAGUCCAGAACAUUCCCGGCUGAGGAACGUGACCGUAGUGGUGGGGUCGGACCUGGUCCUGCCAUGCCAGCUGGUGUCCAACCUGGCACAUCCCUCAUGGUCGCUGAACGAUCGUGAACUGGUUCUCUUGGGCGACUCCGAUCUUUCGGGGCCUCGUUUCGAUCGGGCCCUUCGUGCCCUGGUCAUCCCGAGGGCUGGAGCUCUCCAGGCAGGUCGGUACGUGUGCUACAGCGAGGAGCAGGGCGUGAAGUUCCAAACCGAGCGCUACCAGGUGGCAGUGGUGGCCACCGCUCCGGUGUUCAUGGAGGCCAGGGCACCCGAUGCCAGCAUGGGUCUGUUCUGGGUGCUGGUGAUCGCUUUGGGCGUGACUUGUCUGCUGUUGCUCGCCGGCGCCCUCUAUCUGCGCCGGAGGCUGAAGUUGGCGCUGGGGAAAGCCGGAACUGCGGAGAUGAAGCCACUGGAGAGCACGCUGGUGUAUCCCAUCACGCUUCCCAAGGAGACGCCGAGCUUCGUGCCAAGUAAGAUGCCCACCACGUCAAACAACGAAGAGGAUCGAUUCUGGGAAACCGGAGCUAAUUAUUAUUACUCGGACGGAUCGCUGAAGAUCGUGCCAGGUCACGCGUCGUCGUCCGCCACGCCGAGCGCCAUUCCCGGCCAGCCGCUCCACUCGCCCAGCCGACUCAGCCUCACCAACAUCCGCAACUCGGGCUCGAACGGGUACGUCCGGCUCAGCCUGAGCCUGGCGCCCGAGGAGCGGCCGAACGGAGGCAUGCCAGGCGGAGGAGUCGGCGUGGGAAAGCUGGGCAUCGCCGCCAGGGAGAACGAUUACACCAGUCCGUUCAAGGAGGAGCUACGGCGGACGCUGCAGCAGCGCAGCGUCCUGCCCGACGCCAACCCGGAAGAGUCGUCGGUGUAGAGGGGCGAGCCGGGAACGCGCUCGAAACAUCGCCUACCUCCCUCCGUCUCGGAGAAACGUCCUUCCUCUCUGUUCUUCUGCACCAUCCGAUCUCUCUGCGCUAACUCCAUCGACGAGUGGGCGGCAUGCUUACGCUAGCAGCUAACGGCUAACAGCAUUUCAUCGCCGAG